AUGGUAAAGGUAAUCGAUUCCCAUUACCUGGCCGUCACUGCCAUUGUCACCGUGGGUUAUCAAUUCAUAUUCUUCGUAAUCACAGCUCUUUUCAAAUUUGAUCAAGUUACGGACUUUGCCGGGAGUACUAAUUUUGUGAUACUUGCUGUACUGACUCUGGUUCUCAGAGGGACAUGGCAUUAUCGUCAGAUAGUCUUAACUUCGCUAGUAGUCGUAUGGGGACUUCGUCUGGGAUUGUUCCUCCUGAUGAGGAUCUUGAAAUGGGGUGAAGAUCGACGCUUUGAUGAAAUGCGUGGAAAUAUUGGGAAACUAGUAGUCUUUUGGACUCUUCAGGCAGUGUGGGUUUGGACAGUUAGUUUACCUGUUACUUUUGUUAACGCAAGCGACGGAGGAAGAUUGUUUCAGCCGGCAGAUGUUAUAGGCUGGACAAUGUGGGUCGCAGGGUUCUUGAUUGAAGCUACAGCUGAUCAACAAAAGCUUUCGUUUAAGAACUGUCCAGAAAACAAAGGAAAAUGGUGCGAUGUUGGAGUGUGGAACUAUUCACGCCAUCCAAACUACUUCGGUGAGAUGUUACUCUGGUGGGGCAUAUAUGUGGCUUCAUUGCCUGUUCUUAGAGGUGCAGAGUAUCUUGUCAUAGUUGGACCAGUCUUUCUCACUUUGCUGCUUUUCUUCGUUAGCGGCAUACCAUUACUCGAGGCAUCGGCGGACAAAAAAUACGGUAACUCGGCAGCUUAUAGACACUAUAAGAAGACAACUAGUCCUCUGAUUCUCUUCCCGCGAGGAGUGUAUGGCUACUUACCAAAAUGGUGCAAAACAGUGUUUCUCUUUGAGUUUCCUUUCUACAGCCGUAAUCUCCCUCAAGAAACUACAGUCUGGGAUAGAGGGAACUCGAAGAAGAAGAGCCGGAGGAGUAUUGACUGA